UUACUUUACGGAAUUAACCCUGCACUCGUGCAGGCUACAGUCUACAGCCACCGUUCCGGCGGCUACUGGAACCAUUUCCACCGUGAGCGAUGUGCUGAUGGCAUUCCGUCACUGUACUUCUCGUACUUUUCCACGGCGGCACUGGCGGCGCCAUCUCUCCUCCUCGCCUUCUUCCAUCUCUCACUCGUCCAAAGUUCCCCUUCUCUGGAAGUCCGACGGCAUUGACUCCGAACAGCUCGUUACUGUUCAGCUAUUAUCCUGGGGCCGCGGCGCCUCCGGACAAUUAGGUGGCGGCAUCGAAGAAAUCCGGAUAUGCCCCGCCCCGGUGGCAUCGCUAUCACUCCCCCCCUCUUUCUGGUUAUCUUCGUCGAUUCCCGGCCGUCUUCCUUCCGCGCAACCGAUUCCGCAUUCUCCGCAAAAUGCGGCGGAAAUUCCGGUGGAAGUAGGUAUUUCUUGCGGGCUAUUCCAUUCGUCGUUGCUUGUUGAUGGGAAUCUAUGGAUAUGGGGCAAGGGAGACGGGGGCCGACUCGGAUUUGGCCACGAGAAUCCAGUCUUUGUUCCCACUCUGAACCCUCUACUGGGCUCCCUCCGAAGCAUGGCACUAGGCGGCUUGCAUUCCGUUGCCCUAAACGUUCUUGGUCAGGUCUUCACUUGGGGUUACGGCGGAUUCGGGGCUCUUGGACAUUCUGUGUAUACCAGAGAGCUGGUCCCUAGAUUAGUUGAGGCCUCUUGGGAUGGAGAAAUAAGUCACAUUGCAACAAGUGGAACACACACAGCUGCUAUCACGAAAUCUGGUGAACUCUAUACUUGGGGUCGAGAUGAAGGGGAUGGACGACUAGGCUUUGGUCCUCGCCGAGGGCCAAAUGAAGCUGGUGGUCUUAGCAUCCCUUCAAAAGUGAAAGCACUUCCUGUCAGAGUAUCUGCUGUUUCGUGUGGUGGAUUCUUCACAAUGGCACUGACAGAAGAUGGUGAACUCUGGAACUGGGGAGCUAACUCCAACUAUGAGCUUGGAAGAGGGGACAAAAGUAGCGGUUGGAAACCACAACCAAAUCAUAGUCUUAAAGAUGUCCGUAUAGUUCAAAUAGCUAGUGGCGGAUAUCAUUCUCUUGCUUUGACUGAUAAGGGUGAAGUCUUUUCAUGGGGUCAUGGUGGCCACGGUCAGUUGGGUCAUUCUUCAAUUCAGAAUCAGAAAGUUCCUGUCAGGAUCGAGGCUUUGGCUAAUGAGAGGGUAACCUUUAUAUCUUGUGGCGGUUCUUCAUCGGCAGCUGUAACAGAGAAUGGGAGACUGUUCAUGUGGGGUAAUGCAAAAGAUUGUCAGCUAGGGGUUCCUGGCCUGCCAGAGAUACAAUCAUCUCCCGUUGAAGUUAAGUUUCUCAUGGAGGAUGAUGGACUGGAGAGCCAUCAUGUUCUUUCAGUAGCUAUUGGCGCUUCUCAUGCCAUGUGUCUGGUUUCUAGGUCAGGUUGUUAGAAGGUUAGGCAUCAAUUCUCAUUUGCAAUCCUCUGCUGAUCAUUCCAGAAUCUUAACCCGAUCAUCAGUUCAUCUGAAGGUCAUUGAACAUUGCAUUCUGGGAUGAAAGCUGGUCAAUGACUUCAAAAUGCUGUUGCAUGUUCAGUGAGGAUUGUGAUGUUACAUUCUGAAUGUCAUAUUUGGAUAUGGAUAAUUACUAUCUUAUGCCUCAGUUUUUUUUUUGUUUUUUGGAUUUAGUUAUACUUUGGGACUAUUCUCAUUUCAUAGUUUUUUUUUUCUUCCCUUGCUUGCCUUACACUGCAACAGUUAAGUGAGAUGCUGUAAAGCUAAAUUGCCAAUAAAAUUUUGCCUUUGAAGGCAUCUUUGAUAUCUAUA